UACACCCUGAGUACAUUUGCAGAGGCUCGUAAAACAUUCUAUGAUUAUGACCCCUUCCGAGGUCAACAUAUAGAUGGUCCCCAGUAUGGCCAGGCGCCAAUGCCCUGGCAAAUUCCUUGUGAGCCUCAACAGUUAUUCCUGACUCAUACAAAGUACCUAAAAGUGCCUCAUACCUCAGAUAUUAUACCUUGCUUCCGCUGUCAGCGCCGUGGCUGGUUGAGGUGUGGCAGAUGUCGUGGGCGUGGCCAGGUGCGCUGUAACUCUUGUGGAGGUGAUGGUAGGAAAAGAGUCUACAGGCAGAAAGAAUGGCAAGACGUCAGAUGUGGUUCCUGCGGGGGAGAUGGAAGGAAAAGGUGUCUGACGUGUGGAGGAGACGGCAGGGUGACCUGCUCCAAAUGUAAAGGUUACAGAGACCUGGAGCGCUAUGUUAAGCUAGCAGUGAUAUUUACUAACCAUGUUGAAGACUAUAUACUGGAAGAGACAGACAUGCCUGAUGAGUUGGUCCGAGAUGUAGGGGGAAUCAUUAUCUUUGAGCAAGUUCUGCCGCAGGUGUGGCCAGUCACACAGUACCCUGUGCCUCAAAUCAACCAGAAUUCGGUGGCUCUGGUGGAGAAACACAGUCGGGCAUUUCCUAAUGAAAGACAGUUAAUGCAAAAACAAGAAUUGCGAGCAGUACCAGUGUCAGAGGUCAACUACACAUGGAAGGAGGUCAACACGCGUUUUUGGGUGUAUGGCAAUGAGCGUCAGGUUUACGCUCCGGAUUACCCACAGCAGUGCUGUUGGGGAUGUGAGAUUCUCUAAUCUGUGUACUGGAAUUUAAAAAUAUUUGAAUUGUGAUUGGGUUAUAGUAUUUCACUCUCUUCCAAGUCGGUGCUUUGUCAGGAAGUGGGACAUUUUCCCUUUCAGAGAGUAAAAUUUGACAAUUAUCUACAAGUAAGCAUAAAAAUCCGAAAUGUCUUUUGAGAUAACUUUUGCAUCCUUGGUUCAAACAAGGGAGGAAAGCUGAAUUAAAAUGAGUGUUUUUGUUUUAUUUUUAUUUUUUAAUUUACUCAUUUAUCUAUGUUUUACACUCAGGUAAAAGUAAAUUGGAAAAAAAGAGAUAUAUUACAUGUAUCUAUUUUUUUUACACUCAGGUAAAAGUAAAUUGGA